AUGGCUCCCCAACUCGACAGCUACUUCAAACAGGUGGAUGAUUCCGCCAACCACUUCAUUGAGCGCCUCCGCAAGGCCGUUGCCAUUCCCUCCAUUUCAGCUGAGGAUGCUCGUCGUCCCGAUGUCGUCCGUAUGGGAGAAUGGCUCGCCGGCGAGUUGAAGAGCUUGGGAGCUGAGGUCGAGCUUCGACCUCUUGGCAAACAGCCUCACAAGGAGCACCUUGAUCUCCCCCCCGUUGUCCUCGCUCGCUACGGAAAUGACAAGAACAAGCGAACGAUCCUUGUAUAUGGCCACUACGAUGUUCAGCCUGCCGAGAAGAGCGACGGCUGGGCUACCGAGCCUUUUGAACUGUCCGUCGACGACAAGGGUCGCAUGUUUGGUCGUGGCUCUACUGACGACAAGGGACCUGUCCUGGGCUGGCUUAACGCCAUUGAGGCUCACCAGAAGGCUGGCAUCGACUUCCCCGUCAACCUGCUGAUGUGCUUUGAGGGUAUGGAGGAGUACGGCUCAGAGGGUUUGGAGGAGUUCAUCCAGGCUGAAGCCAAGAAAUACUUUGCAGAUACUGAUGCUGUCUGUAUUUCCGACAACUACUGGCUUGGCACUGAGAAGCCUUGCCUGACGUACGGUCUACGAGGCUGCAACUACUAUUCCGUCGAAGUCUCGGGCCCUGGAGCUGAUCUUCACAGUGGUGUUUUUGGCGGCACUGCUCAGGAGCCCAUGACUGACCUGGUUCGCAUCUUGGGCUCCCUUGUCGACACUAACGGCAAGAUCCAAAUCCCUGGAAUCAUGGAGCAGGUUGCCCCUGUCACCAAGGAAGAGGAAGGCCUCUACGAUGGCAUUUCUUUCACCAUGGACAACAUUUUUGAGUCGCUAGGUAGCAAGACUACUAUCCACGACGACAAGAAGAACACUCUAAUGGCGCGUUGGAGAUACCCCUCUCUCUCAGUCCACGGUGUUGAGGGUGCUUUCGCUAGCCCUGGGGCUAAGACGGUCAUUCCUGCCAAGGUCAUUGGAAAGUUUUCAAUCCGAACUGUGCCUAAUAUGGACAUUGAUACCACCAACAACUGCGUCUACAAGUACGUUGAAGAGCAGUUUGCCAAGCUGAAUAGCAAGAACACUAUGAAGGUCUAUGCGCAGCACACUGGCAAGUGGUGGGCUGCCUCGCCCAAGCACUGGAACUUCUCCGCCGCUGCCAAGGCUACCGAACGUGUUUGGGGCGUUCAGCCUGACUUCACGCGUGAGGGUGGAAGCAUCCCCGUUACUCUAACCUUCGAGGAGGCUACCGGCAAGAAUGUCCUUCUGCUUCCCAUGGGAAGCUCAACCGAUGGUGCCCACUCGAUCAACGAGAAGCUGGACAAACGAAACUACAUUGAGGGCAUCAAGCUCCUCGGGGCGUACCUGCACUACGUUGCGGAGGAGCCCCAAACCUGGGACACUGAGCUAGUGGCGCAAAUAUCCCGGCCAUGGCGCCGACCAGAUGCCGAAGAGCCCCGGCUCAUGCCCCAGGAAGUCCUUGCCAAGACCCGCUCAAUCAAGGAACUGAUGUUGAUGGACGGGCACAGCAAAUGGGAGCAUUUCAUGCCAGUUUUUUUAUGCAGUAGAAGCGCCGUCAGAUCAGUUGACAUGGCUGGUAUCAAAUGUACGGAAUAUCUUAUGAAAGGGAGUAUCACCACACCCUUGUCGGCAAGUGGUUCACGUCGAAAUGGCCCGGAGACGCAGCACUACCAGCAUCUCAGCAACACGGCCGGUCUUCCCAAGUUUCUUGCUGCCAAGUUUGAACUUCACCUUUCACCGACGGCGGUCGACGCUUGCCCGCCGGCACAUGGCCCGGCCGCCAAACCCCCAACUUCGGAGCGUUGCUUAUCGCGCAGCGCCCCAGAUACCCUUCGCUGCAUGACCUGCUCGACGGAUCUGGCCCUCACAUCGCAAAUCAUCUCGAAAGGCUUUACCGGCCGCUAUGGACGGGCCUUCCUGGUCGCGCCGCCACCCCCGCCGGCUGACAACACGACUCUUUUGAAUAUUCGUAUUGGAAGAAGUGAGGACAGGCAGCUCGUUACCGGGUGGCACGUUGUUGCGGAUAUUUGUUGUGCGACAUGUACACGCAAGCUGGGAUGGAAGUAUGUUGAUGCUACAGAGCCGUCGCAAAAAUACAAGGUGGGAAAAUAUAUCCUUGAGACGGAACGAGUCAUGUCACACCGGAGCUGGGAGGAUUAUAAUGUUCAAGAUCUGGGGUUCAUUGGACGGGAAGGUCGCGAUGUUGACGGGCGGAGCAGCGAUGAGAUUGUGUUUGAUUCGGAUGACGAUGAAGAGUGUGAGGACAUAUUCGCGGGGACCUGGGAUGCUGCUACGGUAGCCAAGAGAAGGAGUGAGUCGAUUGCGAGACGGAUUUCGGCGAUGGAGUAA